UCGACCCCUCCCCCCUCAAACCGGAAGCGGCCACGCCCCCGAUGACGUCAGAGGCCCCGCCCCCGGUGACGUCGUCAUCGCCGCCGCGCAAACCCAAGGGCGCCCCCUACGUCUGCGGCCUCUGCGCCAAGGAGUUCAAGAACGGCUACAACCUCCGGCGCCACCAGGCCACGCACGGCGUCGCCGGCGCCGCCAAGCGACCCCCGCGCCCCUCCCCCACCCCCACGCCCCUCCCCCACGACACCGACGGCGCCGACGCGGCGGCGGCGGCGGCGACGCCGAAACGGGCGGCGCCGCGCAAGAGCCACGCGUGCGACACGUGCGGGAAGGCGUUCCGCGACGUUUACCACCUGAAGCGGCACCGGCUGUCGCACACGGACGAGCGGCCCUUCCAGUGCCCCGUGUGCCAGCAGCGAUUCAAGAGGAAGGACAGGAUGGCGUCGCACGUGAGGUCGCACCAGGGCCACGUGCACAAGCCCUACGCGUGCGGGCACUGCGGGAAGAGCUUCUCCAGGCCGGACCACCUGAACAGCCACGUGCGGCAGGUGCACUCCACCGAGCGCCCCUUCAAGUGCCAGAGGUGCGAGGCCGCCUUCGCCACGCGUGACCGGCUCCGCGCCCACGCCGCCCGGCACCAGGACAAGGCGCCGUGCCAGGUGUGCGGGAAACUGCUGAGCCCCGCCCACCUGGGGGAGCACCUGAGGGGCCACGCCCAGCCCGGCCCCGCCCCCACCCACCCCGGACAGCAGGGACAGCAGGGACAGGGGGCUAUUGACCCCUGA